UUUUUUCCUUUUCCAAUGCCGGUUCCCAGCAGGCAUAUAAAUAUUGGUCGAUCUCAGAGCUGGGAUGCAGCCGGGUGGUACGAGGGCCCCUGGGAGGUCGCUGAGGCUCCCGGGAGGAGAAGCUCUCUGACGGACGGAGGCGGAGAGGGCCCUUGGUACCCUGGGCUGCGGGAUGUCGCUAUGCCCGGGGCAGCUGAGCCCUGCCUCUACCGGGAGGCCUUCUACAGCACGGCGGCCGGAAGGAAGAGCUCCGUCCCCGACUUCGCCUUUUACGACAGCAGACAGGCGGUGAUGUCGGCCCGUGGGGCCCUGCUGCCGGGAGAUUACUACAGUGACCCGGCUGGAGCCGCCCGGGCGCCCGGUGAGCCUCCACACCAUCGCCACCCGGGAGCUGGCCAGCCGCUGCCCGGUUACGGAGCGCCGGGCAGCAGGAUGACGUGGGAGCCAGUGGCAGGCCGGGGCCCUGUCCUGCAGGACACCGGUCACCUGUACCGGGACCCUGGAGGUAAAAUGAUCCCCCAGGGGCAGCGAUCACACAGCAGGGCCGCUUCGCCCGUGCGGUAUGUCGGGGAGCCGGCCGACAGCAGGUACGGGGCAGAGGCGCCCGCUUACCCCACCAGUCAGGUCUACAACGAUGCGAGCGAGAGGCCGGUGGAUUCCGCCACCUCCAGGCAGGCGGCACCCACGUGCCUGGUUGUGGAACCGGGAGCGGCAGCUGCCUCUGGGAUCGGCAUGGGGACCGCCCCUGGCGCCCCACCCCGAGGCUACGGGCCGGCCCGCGAAGGCGUUCACCCCAGGAUGGCUUACGAGAGGUGUGAAGCCGACCCGCCCGCCUUCCAGGGGCCUGGGGGCAGCAAGAGGAGCGUGAUGCCGGAGUUCCUGGCCCUCCUGCGGGCGGAAGGCGUGGCGGAGGCCACGCUGGUGGCCCUGUUACAACAAGGCUUCGACUCCCCGGCGGUCCUGGCCACCAUGGAGGACGCGGACAUCAAGUGCGUGGCGCCCAACCUGGGCCAGGCCCGCGUGCUGAGCCGCCUGGCCAGCGGCUGCCGGACGGAGAUGCAGCUGCGCAGGCAGGGCCGGGGGGCGUCCCUGCCCCGCACGCGCUCCAGCAGCUUCAGCCACCGCAGCGAGCUCCAGGGCGACCCGGCCAGCCUGGGCGCCGCAAUCCUGCAGCCCCAGCCCCAAGCGGGGCCCCUGCAGACGGCGUCCCCUCGGGCUGCAGACCCUGCUCACCGCCGCCCCUCCAGCGCACCUUCCCAGCACCUCCUGGAGACCGCCGCUACCUACUCUGCCCCCGGGGUAGGCGCCCAAGCCGCCCACUUCCCGUCCAACUCGGGGUACAGCUCCCCGACCCCUUGCGCCCUGACCGCGCGCCUGGGCCCCGCAUACCCGCUGCAGGCUGGCGUGCCCUUGACUCACCCGGGCCCCAGGACUGCCUACUCGACGGCGUACACGGUACCAAUGGAACUGCUGAAACGGGAGCGGGGCGCGGCGGCCUCCCCCGUGCCCAGCCCCCACGGCAGCCCCCAGCUCCUGCGGAAGCCUGGCGCACCCCUGGAGCCCCCUGCCCUGCCGCCAGCCAGCCAGAGCCUCCACACGCCUCACUCGCCCUACCAGAAGGUGGCCCGGCGGACAGGGGCCCCCAUCAUCGUGUCCACCAUGCUGGCCCCGGAACCAAGUAUCCGCCCCCAGAUCAUGAACGGCCCCCUGCACCCCCGCCCCCUGGUGGCGCUGCUCGACGGCAGAGACUGCACCGUGGAGAUGCCCAUCCUGAAGGACCUGGCCACCGUGGCCUUCUGCGACGCACAGUCCACCCAGGAGAUCCACGAGAAGGUUUUAAACGAGGCGGUCGGCGCCAUGAUGUAUCACACCAUCACGCUCACCAGGGAAGACCUGGAGAAGUUCAAGGCCCUGAGGGUGAUCGUGCGGAUAGGCAGCGGCUACGACAACGUCGACAUCAAGGCUGCGGGCGAACUCGGGAUCGCCGUGUGCAACAUCCCGUCCGCGGCGGUGGAGGAGACGGCGGACUCGACCAUCUGCCACAUCCUUAACCUGUACCGGCGGAACACCUGGCUGUACCAGGCGCUGCGGGAAGGCACGCGGGUGCAGAGCGUCGAGCAGAUCCGGGAGGUCGCCUCGGGGGCCGCGCGCAUCCGCGGGGAGACGCUGGGCCUCAUUGGCUUCGGUCGCACAGGGCAGGCGGUUGCCGUUCGAGCCAAGGCCUUUGGAUUCAGCGUCCUAUUUUAUGACCCCUACUUGCAGGAUGGGACGGAGCGGUCCCUGGGCGUGCAGAGGGUCUAUACCCUGCAGGACUUACUGUACCAGAGCGACUGCGUCUCCCUGCACUGCAAUCUCAAUGAACAUAACCACCACCUCAUCAAUGACUUCACCAUAAAGCAGAUGAGGCAAGGCGCCUUCCUAGUGAACGCGGCCCGCGGCGGACUGGUGGAUGAGAAAGCCUUAGCCCAAGCCCUCAAAGAAGGCAGGAUACGAGGGGCGGCCCUCGAUGUGCACGAGUCGGAGCCUUUCAGCUUUGCUCAGGGUCCCUUGAAAGAUGCACCGAAUCUCAUCUGUACUCCCCACACAGCCUGGUAUAGUGAGCAAGCCUCACUGGAGAUGCGGGAGGCAGCCGCCACCGAGAUCCGCCGGGCCAUCACAGGUCGCAUCCCAGAGAGCUUAAGAAACUGUGUGAACAAGGAAUUCUUUGUCACAACAGCUCCCUGGUCAGUAAUAGAUCAGCAAGCAAUUCAUCCAGAGCUCAAUGGUGCCACAUACAGAUACCCGCCAGGCAUCGUGGGCGUGGCUCCGGGAGGACUUCCUGCUGCCAUGGAAGGGAUCAUCCCCGGAGGCAUCCCGGUGACCCACAACCUCCCCACAGUGGCACAUCCCUCCCAAGCUCCCUCUCCCAACCAGCCCACGAAACACGGGGACAAUCGAGAGCACCCCAACGAGCAAUAGCAGCGAGUGACGAAAGGUAAUCAUUCAGAUACACCUGGGACCAAGAGACAGUGAAAAAUAAAUGAACUAAGAGAAAAGGAAUUUUGACAGUCUUUUUAACUGAUUCUGGACAUAUGCAUCAUUGACGUUGCAGUGUUACAACCACAAAAGAGCUAGAAGCCGAGACGUGGGAAAACUGAAGAUGUCGUCGUCUGCUUGCGGAAGCGCUGAAAGAGACUAGGACGUGAUUUAUUAACGACCAACUUCUGUUAUUGUGUGUUAAGUUUUUCAUCUGUGCAUCAAAUCACAAAGAAUAAAUAGAUCUUUUUCCUUUAUCAGUCCCUUGGGCACAGGAGGUCCUGAACACCUUGCUCUAGAAUGUUGCAUCAAGAGUUCCAAACAUCAAAAUAAAAUAUUAAGAGGAAAUCCCCACCCUAUGACUCUAGUCCCUUCGGUCCACGGGGCUGGUUACCUCUUUUGCUAAUAGGAAGAUUAAAUUACUGCAGAAUGGGGAGGAAGCUGUCUGCCUGUGUUAGACACCGCAAGCACAGGAUUGAAGACAGUACAGGCUCCUGUGCAGAGGAUUCUCUCCCAUCUGAACUGCAUACUGAGCGGGCACGUUGAUUGUGAGUUCAGUAGAACCCUCUGAUGAUGCAAAAAAAGAAAAAAGUAUUAAGUUUCACAAGCUGUUUGUACUCAAAUAUAUUUUCUCAGUUUCAGAUCCUCAGCUAUUUUAUUGAGUGGAAAGUCUUGAACUGAAAGGGUUCAAGAAGAAUAAUGUUGCAUUUCCUUAUGUCUCAGGAAACACUUUUUAUGGUAACUUGUCAGAUUGUCUAUGAACAAACCCACUUUUUUAGACAUUGAUAAAGUCUUCUUUUCUUCACGUGAUAUUUUAUACAAGAACACUUCAGGUGUGUUAUUAGAUGUGACUGAUUUUAACAAAUCCUAUUAGAUUUGUAUCAACUAGUUACAUGUUAUAUUCAUAGUCUUUUGUGAAUCAUCGCCUUUUUGUUUAAAAGAUGGCCUAUUUUGAGCCUUUGUAUAGGUACAUUCCUGUUUUUGUGACAAAAAAAAAAAACCUUUAAAACUGUCCCAAACAGAAAAAUAAUGGCUAUCAGAAAUAUGUUUUGUUUUAGUGUGAGUUACCGUUACUGUAUUUGUUUAUUGUAAAGGUGGACAUUUAGCGUUCAGUGCAGUUUUCAAUAAAAAGUAAUAAAAAUUUCUGUUAAGCUUUGAAA